AAUGGAUUCUGAUACUACAAGAAUAUGCAAAAUAGCGACUUUUAACCUAAACCAAUGGGCCAUGGACUUCGAACACAACAAAGCCAACAUCAUUGACUCCAUCAAACAGGCUGAAGAGGCAGGUGCCACCAUCAGGUUCGGCUCUGAGCUUGAAAUUCCAGGUUAUGGGUGUGAAGACCACUUCCUUGAAAUGGACACCAUCAAUCACUCAUGGGAGGUCCUGGCUGAGAUCAUUGAAGAAGGGUGGACUGACAACAUAAUCUGAGACAUUGGGAUUCCGACAUAUCACAAAUCGUUCUUGUAUAACUGUAGGGCCAUUGUGUACAAGCGCAAGAUCCAUUUAUUGAGACCGAAAAUCUUGCUUUCAUUCGAGCAAAAUUACAGAGAGACAAGAUGGUUCCAAUCGUGGACAAAUAUCAAGAAGAUAGAAGAUUUUAUCCUACCUAAGGUCAUCACAGAUUUGACAGAACAGAAAACAACCAAGAUUGGAAUUGCAAUAGUGAGACUGAAUGAUACUGAGUUUGCUCAUGAGAUUUGUCAAGAAAUGUUCGAGCCUGCAAGCCCUGCAGCUGAACUAUACCUUGAUGGAGCAGAAAUAAUUUGUAAUAGCUCUGGAUCUCACCAUCAUUUGAGGAAGCUAAACAAGAGGUUGCAGUUGAUCACAACGUCAACUCAUAAAAGCGGGGGAGUCUAUGUUUACUCUAAUCAGCAAGGCUGUGAUGGCGGAAGGCUUUACUUUGAUGGAAGCUCUUUGAUUGCAAUGAAUGGCCAAGUGAUCUCUCAAGGCUCCCAAUUCAGCAUCAAAAACAUAGAAGGUGUCUAUGCUGUUGUUAAUCUCGAUGACAUCAGGAAUUAUCGGAGGGAGAUUAGGAACAAAAGCCUUAGGGAUUCUGAUGAACCAGAGUUUCCAAGAGUCACUAUCGAUUAUAACUUGUGUCAACAUGAUUUCUUUGAUCUGACUGAACCUCAAGGGGAGCCCAGAAUUCAUAAGCCAAUGGAAGAAAUUAGCCUAGGUCCAGCUCUAUGGCUCUGGGACUAUCUUAGACGCUCAGGAGCUCGUGGAUAUUUUCUCCCACUCUCUGGAGGGCUUGAUAGCGCAUCAGUUGCAACAAUAGUUGGGUCAAUGUGUACCCUUGUGUACCAAGCAAUUGCUGAUGAUAAAAACGAGGAAGUACUUGCAGACUUGAGAAAAAUCACUAAACAAGAGGACUUCAUGCCAGAAUCCCCAAAAGAUGUAGCUGCACAGGUACUAAAUUGCUGCUAUAUGGGUACAAAGAACUCUUCUGAGGAAACUCUUAAAAGAGCCAAGAAACUGUCUGAAGAUAUUGGAUUCAAUUUUUACAAUGUCGAAAUUGAUGACUUGUUUGAUGCAACAAAAACUUUAUUCCAAAAUAUGACAGGAAAAGAGCCAAAGUUUGAAGUACAUGGAGGGACUUAUCUUGAAGAUCUUGCCUUGCAAAAUAUUCAAGCUAGGCAAAGGAUGGUACUAUCUUACCUCAUGGCUCAACUCAUGCCAUGGGUGAGUGAACAAAAGGGAUUCUUAUUGGUGCUUGGAUCUGCAAAUCUUGAUGAAGGCUUAAGAGGAUACAUGACUAAGUAUGAUUGCAGCUCAGCUGAUGUAAAUCCUAUUGGGGGAAUUAAUAAGAGUGAUCUUAAGGCCUUCAUUGCGUAUGCUAAGGACAAGCUAAAUUAUCCAUCCCUUCAAGAUAUUCUUGAUGCCAAGCCAUCUGCUGAGCUUAGGCCAAUUGAAGACAAGACAAAAGAUUCCACUCAAGUUGAUGAAGAAGAAAUGGGAAUGACUUAUGAUGAGCUCAAUCAAUUCGGAAGACUCAGGAAAAUGGGCAAAUGUGGUCCUGUCUCUAUGUUCAAAGAGCUACUUCAAAAGUGGAAAGAUCUUACACCAAAGGAGGUUGCUGAAAAAGUAAAGAGAUUCUUUUUCUAUUACUCUGUGAACAGACAUAAGGCUACUACUAUUACUCCUGCUUACCAUGCAGAGGACUACAGUAUGGAUGAUAACAGGUUUGAUCAUCGCCAAUUCUUGUACAACACGAGCUGGGAGUAUCAAUUUAAAAGAAUUGACAAGCUAGUUGAAUACUACACUGAAAAGAAGAAGCAAACAUAAUUUUUGGAAAAGUCAAUAUAAUUCCUAAA